UCUACGCACUAAGAGGGCAUGAAAUUAAUUUUAUCACCAUAUUAUUUCUCCAGUUCAGUCUUCCACCGCAAGAUGGCUAAUAAUGGGACAGAGUUUUGGAAACAAGGACUUUUGGCUGCCAUGAAUGAUCCUAAUGCAGUGGUGGAUAGUGAUGAUGAACUGGUUGUGAUCAAAGAUAAAUACCCCAAGGCUUUGUUUCAUUUUCUUGUAAUGCCCAAAAGGAAAAUCGCAAGUUUAAAAAGUCUUACUAAAGAAGAUGUGGAACUUCUUAGACACAUGCACAAGAAAGGAGUUGAGAUAUCAGACAGAGCCAACAAAGAACUCAAAUUCCGGCUUGGUUAUCAUGCAGUUCCCAGUAUGAGUCAUGUCCACAUGCAUGUCAUUAGUCAGGACUUCAACAGCGCAUGUCUGAAAACAAAGAAACACUGGAACUCUUUUACUACAAAAUAUUUUGUUGAUUCUGAAGAUUUGAUCAAAGCAAUAGAAACAGUUGGCCAUUGGCAAGUCAACCAAACAGAAAUGAAUGAUUUACUUAAACAAGACCUGAAGUGCCACGUCUGUAGACAGACCUUCCAGACCAUCCCAAUGCUAAAAGCCCACAUAGUUCUCCAUGAUGUAACCAAGAGAUCUUAGCAUUCCAUCCACUAUAUUUUUUGUAUUCUUAUAAAUUGGAAAUGUUUAUUGCCAUCAAGUAUCAAGUGUGUGAAAUCCAAGUUCAUCAUGAGUGAAGUUUCACCUGAUUAACUUAUUCUAGAUGAAUUCUUUUUUCAAGUGUUUUGUGUCCUGUACUCAAAAUUUGUUUGAUCAUAAAACUGGAACCAAUGCAGCAAAGUAAAACAAAAAUAAUUUGAGUUAUAUAUAUUUGUGACUAAAUGACUACACAAAUAUCAGAAUAAAUGUUAUUCAUCAUU